CCUGGUGCCCGGGUUCUCCUUCCCGUCCCUGUCCCCUGUCCCUGUGACCCUCCCGUCCUGCCCUGUGCCAGCCAGGGCCGGGGAAGCGUCCGGUCCCAGGGCUGGAGCUCCCGAGGCGUGGGGCAAUGUCCGCGGUCCUGUCGGCCGCCGUGGUCCGCGUGCGGGACGGGCUGCCGCUCUCCGCCUCCACCGACGGCGACCAAGGCGCGGGCGGCCCGGACGGCAGGAGGCUCUUCAAGCUGCUCGCCCGAAAGCUCAGCCAGCUCCCGGACCGCUGCUCCCUCCACGCUGGACGUCACGUGGUCCAUUUGAUCAGCUCGCUGGGCGUAAGCUACAUGGUACUGUGCACGGAGGGCUGGCCAGGGGUCCUGGCCUUCUCCUUCCUCGAUGAGCUGCAGCGGGACUUCAUCGCCACCUAUGACACCGCCAGGACCAACACCGCCGUCCGCCCCUACUGCUUCAUCGAUUUUGACACCGUCAUCCAGAGGACCAAACAGCGUUACAACAACCCUCGCUCUCUGGCCACCAAGAUGAGCCUCGCCGACAUGCAGACGGAGCUCAAACUCCGGCCCCCACAUAUGCUGACCAUGGCCGAGCUGGCGCCCGCCAACGGCUUCCCGGCUGUGGUGGGGGCCUUCAGCGGGGCUGGCAACAUCUCCUCAGCUCAGCAGCAGCGUCUGGAGCCGGCGACCCUGCCAGGGACGGUGGCCCUCGUCCUCAGCCUGCUGUGUGGGGCGCUGAACCUCAUCCGUGGUGUCCACACCAUUGAGAGUCUCCUGCAGAGCGACGGAGAGGACUUGAGUUACAUCAUCGCCUUCCUGCUCGGCAUGGCCGCCUGUGUCUACCAGGGCUACCUGCUGGCCCGCCCCACCAGCUGGCGGAGCGCCAAGUCGUUCCUGACCUUCGGCCUCAUCUGCCUGUGCAACCUGCACCUGUCCGAGCUGCGGGGCCCGUGGCAGCUGUUGUUUCACGUGACGGUGGGCGCCUUCGCCACGCUGCAGAUCCGCCUACGCCAGCCCCGGGCCAAGGCCCCGGGCUACGAUGUCUGAGUGGCCCGAGGGACCUGGGGGCAGGGCCGGGACUGAGGACCUACCUUGAGGCAGGGCCGAGGCCGAGGACCUGCAGGCAGGGCUACGGCCUUGGGCUUGGGGGCUGGGUGGGACUGGGCUGGGGCCACCUGCGAAGGCACCUUGUCCUGGCGAACCGCUUGGGGCGGGGCCAGGACUGGGCAGUGUGUCCCACUGUUCCCCAAGAGCCUCGGGGUGGGGCCCGCUGUUCCCAAGACCCUCUGGGCACGGGGCCCGCUAUCACUUUGAACUACCCAGGUUGGGGCGGGACCCUCACCUCAGCCCCGGACCGCCGGGAGCCUCCGUGGAACCGCCGGUCCCCACACAGGUUUUUGCCUUUGUAAGGCGGCAGUGGAGCUGGAAUAAAUGGUGCAUCACCCGGCCGCCCCUGUCUGAGCCGGUCCCCACGGACCUCUCUCCCACGGGUCAGGGCCUGCCGAAGCACCCUUCAGGCGAAGGAUGUUGAGACACGGGGAUCCCUGCCUGGAUCAUCGAGUCAGUCCCUCGUCAGUGAGCUGAGGGCUCAGUGCAUGCCCAGGGCCGUAUUGGGUACCCACAGCCUGCAAUUUUGUGCUAGGCUGGAUGUCUAGUGUGUGUAGGGUGCUGAGCUCCUGCCGUGUGCAGAAUGCUGUACUGGCUGCCUACUCUGUGCAGAGCAUUGCGCCAGAUCUGCCAGAGUAUAAACAUGUCUGUACAAGUCUCUAAGCCCCAUCAUCAAUUCCCCUGAAGUCUCAGCCCCAAGCACAUGUGCCAUUCCUGACACGUGUGUUCCCACACGUGAUUACUUUCGUAUUCGAAGGGGACACCAGUGACAGUGAGAUUCAGUGGAGCCCGGGGGAGUUGGUAGGAAAGGCCAAGUGGGUCCGUGCUCCACACACACAUGCACAGACUGUCCCCAGAUUCUGCUGUCACAUUUGU